GAACCUUCCUAAAAAAAGUGAUUAAUUAUUAAGAAAACCUUUCCAUCAAAAAACAAUUAACAAAACCAUUCGACCAACCACCAAAGCGGAGAAUCCAAAUCCAACAGCAACAAGAAUCAAACGAUUGUAUGAUUUGGGCCGAGCUGAGUAGAAUUACCUCAUAGUGAUUGAAUUGAAUGGAGCAGGAAGAAUAUAUAUUGUCGGACCACGUACGCACCAACGGCCUUACAACAACGGCGACUCUUUCCGCCAGCGGUCAACUCCGCUGGGAAGACCGCCGGCUGGACAUCGAGAAGCAGGUAUUAGGUUUCUCUGUCGAGGGAUUGAAGAUCAAAAUUAGAACGGUUGUGGAAGCUGAAGCUGGAAUAUGCUGCUGCACUAGUAAAUCCGCCCUCAUCAGGAAAACCUUCAUACUCGAGCUAUCAUCGACUGAUUCUCUACGAAUUUGGACUGAGAAACUUCAGGAGUAUCUAGAUUCUCUCGGCAGGCCGAAGCGGCUGUUUAUAUUUGUGAAUCCCUACGGAGGGAAGAAAUCGGCGUUGAAGAUUUUUAAAGACGAUGUGAAGCCCUUACUCGAUGAUGCGAGUGUGGAAUAUACUAUACAAGAAACCAAACACCAGCUGCACGCGAAGGAAGUCGCUCAGUCGCUGGAUCUGGAAAAAUUUGAUGGAAUCGUUUGCGUUAGUGGAGAUGGAAUUCUGGUUGAGGUGCUGAAUGGACUGCUCAUGAGGGAGGAUUGGGAAAAUGCAAUAACGAUACCUCUUGGAGCAGUACCCGCAGGAACUGGAAAUGGCAUGGCAAAAUCGCUUCUAGAUUCACAUGGUGAACCAUGUGCAGCAUCUAAUGCUGCUCUUUUUAUCAUUCGAGGGCAUAAGCGGUCACUGGAUAUAGCUACUAUAUCACAAGGGGAAACUAGAUUUUUUAGCAUGUUAAUGCUGGCAUGGGGUCUUGUAGCUGAUAUUGAUAUUGAGUCGGAGAAAUACAGAUGGAUGGGAAGUGCUCGAUUGGAUUUCUAUGCUCUUCAACGAAUAUUUGGUCUAAGGAGGUACAAUGGCAGUAUUAUUUUUGUGCCAGCAUCGGGUUAUGAAUCUUAUGGAGAACCAUUAGAUCUAGAAAAGAAUAUAAUUAUUGUCGAUGAAAGUGCAAAGAAAUCUGUGGACGGAGUUGUUAGAGAUCCAGCGUAUGGUUACCAGGGUCCUUUAGUUGAUAUCAAGAGUUUAAAUUGGCGGAUGAUUGACGGGCCAUUUAUUUCAAUCUGGCUCCACAAUGUACCUUGGGGAGGUGAAGAUACUAAAGCAGCACCUGAUGCUGAGUUUUCGGAUGGUUGUUUGGACCUGAUCAUGAUAAAGGAAAGUCCCAAACUGCCAUUGCUGAAGUUGAUGACUGAACUGAACAGUGGAGGCCACGUUAAAUCCCCUUAUGUAUCUUAUCUGAAGGUGAAGGCAUUCAUAUUGCAGCCUGGUCCACGGACCGAUGACCCAACAAAAGCUGGGAUCAUAGAUGUGGAUGGAGAGGUUCUGGCUAGAGGGAGAGGAGCAUACAAAUGUGAAGAAGAUACAUUGAUGAGAUACGACAGAUUACUCAUUAGAAUUGAUCAAGGUUUGGCUACUUUAUUUGCUCCAAAUUAGCAUAAUCUCAAUUUGGUUGAUUUAUUCAUCAUAUAUAUUUGUAAUCCUUAUUUUAUACGCUAAUGCAACUGCAAAUAAAAGAAUUGAUUUCAAUUCUUAAAA